AUGACGUCUCCACUCGCCCUACUCUCGAGUCUAGUGCUCGCCAUUGUAGCUCAUGGGCUUCUAGUCCUAUGGAAAGCUCGUCGUUCCAUCGACAAUCACCCUGGUAAUUUCCUCGUCUUUGGAUUUGGGAACUUACUCGCAGAGUUUGUGCUGCCGGCUAUCCCUUUUGUUAGUCCUGGAAACAACUACUUGUGGGAGGCGAAACAUGCUCGUGAAUUGGGUUUAUCUGUUGGCGCUGAGUGGGGUGCUGAUAGGGGUAUCGCCAACAACAGCCUUCGAGAAGUACGGCUGGGAUAUAUUCUCCAGUAUGCGACGGGAAUCAAAGAAAUUGUUUCUUCUAGAAGCCGGUUCGCCAAACCUGUCGAACUCUACGAGAUUGGAAACAUCUACGGGAACAAUAUUCUCACUGCCGAAGGGGAUGAAUGGAAGAGGUAUAAGAAGAUUGUAUCGCCCGCGUUCUCUGAGAGGAACAAUCGACUUGUAUGGGAAGAGACAAUCAAAGUUAUGUCUCAGCUCUUCUCGGAAGUUUGGGAGGACCAGGACCGAGUUACGGUCGACAACUGCUUACGCGACCUCACUUUUCCGAUCGCUCUGCUGGUCAUCGGCGCUGCAGCGUUCGGAAGGAAGAUCGCCUGGAAGGACGAAUACACCUGCCCUCCAGGGCACGUCAUGACCUUCAAGCACGUUUUAGAAUUAUCGCCUUAUAUCAUUGCUGUCCGCGCUAUCUUCCCUCGAUUUAUUCGCAAGCUGGUACCAGCGCUGAGGAAGAUGGACAUCGCGUAUGAUGAGCUUAAGUUGUAUAUGAAGGAACUCAUUCGUGCUCAAUAUGAGCGCGAUGAUGGGAUCGAGCGCCAUGAUUUAUUGAGUCUUCUGGUGGAACACAGUGAUCUGGAUAAAGCGAACUCUCUAACAGAGGAUGAAGUCAUGGGGAACACAUUUUUGUUCCUUGCCGCUGGACAUGAGACAACUGCUCAAACGCUCUGUUUUGCUUUUGCUUUGCUGGCUCUUCAUCCCGAGGAGCAGGAAGUGGUAUAUCAGGAGAUAAAGUCGGCGAUCCCGGAUGCAACCUCGCCGUCGUACAAUGCUAUUCCCUCGCUCGUUCGCACUAUGGCUGUAUACAACGAAACUCUCCGCAUGUUCUCAGCUAUACCUAUCAUCCCAAAGGUUGCAACUGAGGACACAGUCUUAACUGCCGGAAAUGCUGCCGGAGAAACGAAGAAGAUUCCCGUUCCUAAAGGGACUCGAGUCACUUUCGACGUUCCUGGAAUCCACUAUAGCCCGCGAUAUUGGGAAGACCCACUGGACUUCAAACCCGCCCGCUUCCUCGACCCCAACUGGCCUCGAGAGGCCUUCAUACCCUUUAGUGUAGGCCACCGAUCGUGCAUCGGACGACGGUUCUUCGAAGUCGAAGCCAUCGCGACAAUGGUGAUGCUGCUGUCCCGGUACAAAAUUACGAUCAAGGAGGAAGAAGAGUUUAAGGGAGAAACGUGGGAAGAGAGGAAGGCGAGGAUUCUGGCGUGUACGCUGGGGGACACAUUGACAACUAGGAGGGCUGGCGUUGAUGUCGUCUAUUUCAGGGCGAAACGGGUUCCUUUGACGUUUGUGAAACGCUGA